AUGAUCGGUCGUUCCGGGGCCAUGUCGCCUGUCUCCGUCGACGGGAGCGACUGGUCUGGCAUCAAUCAGUACCAGAAGUCCGAACCACCUUUCUCCCCAACCUUUUCCAACCGCAGCAAUCUCGCGACCCCUCCCACCUCCGGCGUCCCCAGCGGCUCCAACGGCGCCCUCCCCAAUGGCUCCUCCCACCUGGGCGACUCCGGCAACCCCUCGCCCCCGAGCUCCGUGACCGGCCGCUCCAGUGAUGGCACCCUGGCCGACCAGCGCGGUCGCCGACACAGACAGCUGGAGGAGAUUCUGGGUCAACACUAUGUCGCCUUCCGACGCUUCCUGCACGCCCCGUACCAAAACGACCGCCUCGGUCAGAAGCCCAGCAAGGCCCGGGACAAAUUGCUCCGCCUGUCGCCCACGCAGUUCCACGAGCUGAGCACCGACGUCUACGAUGAAUUGCUCCGCCGGCAGCAGGCCAUGCCCUCGCCCAGUCGACCCCCGCGCAUGGAUAUCCCGCCGUCCCUCCCGCCGCGUACCGAAUUCCACGAGAAGCGCAACCAGGCGCGUCAGAAACUCGCCUCGCUGCAGCAUCAGCGCUUCCGCGAUCUGGCCACCGAUGUCUACUGUGAACUCGAGCGACGCUUCCCCCAGUUUCCCUCCCGCGAAUCCCGCCGCGCCAGCCCCGCCUCCAGUUAUCGCAGCCGUCCCUCGAACGCCUACCCGCCCGGCUACGGCCCCGCCGGAUACCCCCCGCCUCCCGGUAGUCGGCGGUCACAGUCUCGGGGUCCCCCGUCUCGGAUGGGCAGGGGAUAUCCCUCCCAAUCGUCUCCGGGUAGUCCGAUGGGUGCUUUCCCGCCGCGACAAGCGUCUUUGAGCGUGAGCGGAUCCGUGAAUGGGGAUGCACCGUUGGCCAAACCAUUCCAGAGUAACACGAUUGUUCCGAACAAGAGUACCAUGGUGGAGGACGAUGACGAUAUGGCUGGGACCGAGGAUGACUAUGACGCCCGGAGCGAUGCCUUUGCUCUUGAUGCGGUGCUCAGCCGACGGGGCACGACCACGACGAUAGGCGACGGGGAGCGCAGGAUGUUGACCGAUUCGCAGGCGCAGGUGUCGGCGUUGCAGGAGAAGGUCCACAGACUGGAGGAGUCGAUGAAGUCGAAGGACGCGGAGCUGCUGAAAUACCGGGACAACCAAGCCCAUGUUGACUCUCUUGAGGAGUUGGUCAAGUCGAAAAGCGAGGAGCUCGCCAAGUAUCAAGAAGAGCACACGUCCCAGGCGAACUCGACCGAGCGACAGGAGUGGGAAGCGGUGAAGAUGGAGCUGGAAAGCAAGGUAUCGCAAGCCGAGGAACUGAACAGCUCUUUACACAUCGAGCUGGACCGCGUGCGAGCGGAACAUGAUGCCAUGGAGAACGAGUUUCAAUCGAAGAUGUCCGAAGCGUCGCACCAGGGUGGCGGGGAUCCGGAGAUGCAAGCUCGCUUUGCGGACCUGGAGAUCAAGCACCAGGGCUUGGAAACCGAACUGCAACACCAACAGCAGGUGACCGAGGAGGUCCGACGGGAGGCCGCUGGCUUUUUGAUGGAGAUGAGGGCCUUGUCGGAACAGAGCCACACUCGAUGGGAGCACGAAGAGCGGCUGUCCAGCGAGGUGCAACGACUGGAGGAGGAACUGAGGCAGUGGAAGUCUCGCUACGCCAAGGCCAAGGCUCAAUUGCGGCAUUUGCGCGCCUCCUCGGCGGGCAUCUCCGAGCUGCGCCCCGAUGCCAGCAGCGUCGCCAAAGAGAACGAACUGCUGCAGGAGUACGGUCUGGUGAAGGACGUGCACGUGACCAAAUUCCAGAUCUCGAUCGACGAAUUGAUCCGCGUGGCACGGUUCGACGAGCAUCACUUUGUCAUGCACCAGAUUAAAGGCGUGGUCGUCGCCGUGCGCCACAUCCUCCGGGACAUCGAAGUCGGCGAUCGCGUGGACGAUGGGACCUCUGCGCUGCGGGCCAAGGCGACCCGCAAGGUCUCUGCCACCGCGAACAAUUUGAUCACGGCGUGCAAGAACUUCGCGGGCUCGAGCGGCCUGUCGCCCGUUUCGCUCCUGGAUGCUGCGGCUUCGCAUAUGUCUACUGCCGUCAUCGAGCUUAUCCGGCUCGUGAAGAUCCGACCGAGCCCUGUCGAUGAGGACGAGGACGACGAUGGGCAUUUCACCCAGAUGAAGUCCCCCGACUACUUCAGCGUGGCGCCUAGCCAGAGCAGGUUCAGCCGCAAUGGUUCUAUCUACAGUGCCUUGAGUCCUCCGUCUAACCGCUCCCGCACCCCGACGGACGCCCACCCUAACGGACUGGGGCCGGCUGUGCAGUUGAGUUACGGGGCGCCGAACGGAGACCACGAGCUCCAGGAACUCAAGCUCUACGUGGAAGACCAAACCGACGGCCUCGUCCAAUCGAUCCAAGCCCUCGUCGCCAGCAUCCGCUCAGAAGGCGACCUCACCGCAGUUCGCACCCACGUAUCCGCCAUCUCAUCGGUAGUCAACAACGUCACCUCCUCCACCCAGCACUUCGUCCACAAGCCCGAAACAAGCCCGCUCCUCCGGGACCGCGCUGCCCCGAUGCUCGAAACCCUAGAGUACCACCGGAGUCGUCUCAUCGAGACAGCCGCCCAGGGCGAAGCGCCAUCCAGUGCCGAGGAGCUGCGCGAAUGCACCAACCGACUGCCGCCCAUUGCCUUUGAAAUCGCCCGCGAAACCAAGGAGCUGGUGCAGCGGUUAGAACCCGUCAACCACCACCACAACGACGACGACGAAGACGAUUUCCGAUAG